AUGUUAGCUCACUCAAAAGUGUGUCACAAAAACCCUAACCUUUUACAGAAAUAUCCCACACAAAGAAACCUUGUAAGUGGUGAUGCUGGUUUUUUAGGUUCAACAAGCCAAAGGUUCAAUUCUCAAGCAUGUAGGAAGGCUAUUACUUCCUUUUUUAUUCUUGAUGAGCAUUCCUUUAGAGUGGUAGAGGGUGAGGGUUUUAAGAAACUAUGCAAACAACUACAACCACAAAUUACUAUCCCUUCAAGGAGGACUGUUGCUAGGGAUUGUUUUCAACUUUACCUAGCCGAAAAGUUAAAACUUAAAGCCAUUUUUAAAUCUGAUUGUGCUAGGGUUGCACUAACCACAGAUUGUUGGACUUCAAUUCAAAAUCUUAGUUACAUGGCCAUAACUGCACACUUCAUUGACAAUGCAUGGAUCUAUCAUAAAAAGAUUAUUAGUUUUAGUUUAGUUCCAAAUCACAAGGGUGAUACCAAUGGUAAAAAAGUGGAAGAUGUUUUGAAGGAAUGGGGGCUUAGGAAAGUGUCAACAAUUACCCUUUACAACGCAACAUGUAACGAUGUAGCUGUUUCUUACUUGGGAAAAAGACUUAAGAGCAAGAAUUCUUUAAUUGGUGUCGGGAGUUUUUUGCAUAUGAGGUGUGUUGCCCAUAUCUUAAACUUGGUUGUGAGAGAUGGACAAAAAGAUCAUGAGUUGUCUAUUGAAAGUGUUCGCGAUGUUGUUAGGGUUGUGAGGUCCUCACCACAAAGAGCUUUGAAGUUUAAUGAAUGUAUAGAAAUUGUAGGGAUAACAUGUAAAAGAAAACUUGGCCUUGAUGUUUCCACACGAUGGAAUUCCACUUACUUGAUGUUGGAUGCUACUGAGAAGUUCCAAACAGCAUUUGAUGUUGGAAGCUGCAUGGAGUUUUUUGAACAUUCCGGUCCACCUUGUUCUACUGAUUGGGAAAAAGUUAGGGCUUUUGUGAUUUUUUUGAAAACAUUCUAUGAAGCAACCAAAUUGUUUUCAUCUUCGCAAGAAGUAUCGUUACAUUUAGCCUUUCAUAACUUGUCUGAUAUUUUGUGUAAGCUUCAAGAAGCAUCCUUGAACAUGAAUUACUCCAUCACUCUUCUCUGA